UUUACUUUAGUAGCAAGACAAGUUUACACCGGUCGUGCUACUGACACAAGUAACGGCUGCAAGUCAUUAGAUAAAAUAAUAUCGUUCAAUAAGAAUCAAACCAAUCGAAACCAGCCAUAAAAAUGGAAAUAGAAGACACACUCGAUGCCCUAAUUGUUGGUGCUGGAUUUUCGGGACUUCAUGUUUUGUACAAGCUUCGAAAGGAAGGAUUCAAUGUUAAAAUACAUGAAACAGGUGAUGGAAUAGGUGGAACAUGGUUCUGGAAUCGUUAUCCGGGAGCGAGAACAGACAGCGCUAAUACAUUUUACCAAUACAUGCAGGAUGAAAUAUGGCAAGGGUUCGAGUGGACGGAGAGAUGUGCUGGCCAAAAACAAUUGUUGGAUUAUUUUGAGCACGUCGACAAGAAGCUGUGUCUGAGCAAAGACAUUCUAUUCAGAACGAAGGUGAUUUCGGCUGAGUUCAACACAACUCGAGGUAAAUGGUUGGUUAAAAGUGAUAACGGCAACGUAAUUCACACUUGGGCCAGGCACUUAGUUCUGUGCACCGGAUUCGCGGAAAGACGAUACACUCCGCCGUUUAAAGGUUUGAACGAUUUUAAAGGAGAGAUUUAUCACACUAGCUUGUGGCCAGAUAGGGUAGUGAGUUUUAAAGGGAAACGUGUAGCUGUAGUAGGCACCGGGGCAUCUGGCGUUCAAGUUAUUCAGGAAAUUGCCGGUGAUGUAGAACAUCUAACCGUAUAUCAACGAACUCCUAAUCUAGCGCUGCCCAUGCAACAGUCGACUAUUGAUAAUCAGAGUAAAUGGAAAUUUCCUCACCACUCCAAAUAUCAAGAGCUUUUUGAAGGUACGCGCAGAUCAUUUUUCGGAUUAGAUAGAAAUUUUGCAGAAAUAAACGCAAUGGAUGUACCCGCCGAUGAACGACAUCAGUUCUAUGAAUACUUAUUUGCAGAGGGUGGAUUUGCCUUCAUACUCGGAAAUUAUCAAGAUGUGUUAACAAGUGAAGAAGCCAACGGCGAAGCAUAUAAAUUUUGGUGCGAGAAAACAAGAGCGAGAAUUGACGAUCCAUCGAAAAAAGACAUUUUAGCCCCAAUCGUUCCACCUCAUCCUAUAUUUGCGAAGCGUUGUUCAUUAGAACAGCGAUACUACGAAGCUUACAACCGAAAUAACGUCGACAUUAUAGACAUUCGACAAUCCCCGAUCAUUGAAUUCACCAGUUUAGGAAUUAGAACUGAACAAGAAGGUCUGACGGAAUUCGAUAUAAUAGUUCUAGCUACCGGAUUCGAUUCAAUUACUGGUGGAAUACUGAACAUCAACAUUACUAAUGGAAAUGGAGAAACACUGCAGGACAAAUGGAAAGAGGGAACUUGGACCAAUCUUGGUUUGAGUACUGCGAGUUUUCCUAACAUGUACUUUUUAUAUGGUCCACAAGCUCCCACUGCAUUAAGUAACGGUUUGACAUGUAUCGAGAUCCAAGGUGAUUGGAUUGUUGAAUUGAUGGUGUAUAUGAAAGCUCACAAUAAAACAACGGUUGUGGCAACGAAAGCGGCCGAAAAUGGUUGGAAAAGAAAGGUGAAUGAUGUUUGGAAUUUAACUUUGUUUUGUGGCACUGCGUCUUGGUAUAAUGGCGGUAAUGUUCCUGGAAAACCAGUAGAGCCUCUGAAUUAUGCAGGCGGUAUUCCUGCGUAUAUAGCUGCUUUGACACUCUGUGCAGAGAAUGGAUAUCAAGGAUUUGUCCUUUCAUAAAAAUUGUAAAUUUUUCUAGAAAACAAAUGAUUUAGUCAAAUAAUACUAAGUUUUUGAAGAGAUUAUCGGAGUGCCCACUC